ACGCAGGUGCUUGGAUGCAAGAGCGGGAAAUUUGAAUUUAAGUUGCUGUAAUGGAAGACGAGCGAGGGAGCUAGAGGAGGCAGGAGUUCUCUGGCCGCUGUCGCUUCCACAGACAUACCCUGGCAGGCACCUGCAUGGGACUGGAAGGGAGGGUGGCGCUAUGGCAUCGCAGAAGGAAACCGAGCAGGUCCAUGAGUGUCACUCAGCACGUGAAGGUGAUGUCCUGCCGCAACCCACACAGCUACUGAAUGUUCUCCUGGCAGCCAGAGGCCUGAGUGCCCGCUCCGUCCAUGAGCAAUUGCAUGAGCUGUCGUUGGCUACUGUCUACUGUAUUCUGGCAGCUCUGAUGCAGUGUCUGAGUCUGGCCAGCCUUUGUGUGGCCAUUUCUCUGCUCAAGUGGGUCGCAGUGACUCAAAACCCAUACACCCAACAGCCAAAGCGUUGGAUAUCCUAUAGCUUUGGAGUGCCCGACGAGGUGGACGUGUUUGAAGGGCAGAACAUCACCAACAGCGACUUACAGAAAAUUCAUUUAUUUUCCAACAAUAUAUUUGUCCCGCUGCUCAUCAGCACUUGUUUCAUCAGCAUGCUCUUUGGCUUUGUGGCUUUUCUCCUGGCUUUCAUAGAGAUGGAGAUCCUAGGCAAGCACCAAAUGGCUGUUGCCACUUUCCUACAUGUUUCUUCAGGCAUAUUUCUUGCAGCCCUAGUAGCAGUAUGUUGCUGGUGUCUUGUGAGAAUGAAUGAACGCUUCAGAAAGGAUGAUUUGAAGAAGGCCGAGUUGCUCAGCUACCUAGGAGAGAGUUUUUAUGUCGCCCUGCUGUCCCUUGCUUUCAUUAUCUUAGCUGCCGCGCUAAGUUGGUGGUCGAUGAAGCUCAGCAGAUAAGGAUAGCAUCCACACAGCACAGCCUCUUAAGUACCAAAACAACAGAGAGAAAUACACAUUCCACUGCAAUAUAGAAACAUCCUGACAAUGGGCUGCUUUGGAUGUAACAUCCCCUGCUUCGUAAACCAUGGCUUCCAUGAUUUAUGAAGUCAGAAACAAGCGUGAAGGCCCAAAACUCCAACGCCACCCCUCCCCUCAUGUUCAGAUCCUGGUGUGUUUAACUCAGAACUCGCCACGUCAUCCAAAAUGGGGGGACGCAAGUUUGAUGUUAGUUUGCUCACCAGGAUAUUCAGCUCUGAUCAUCGACCAACAUGAAACCAGGCGUCUCCAUUUUGGAUGUAAUGGGGUGUUCUGGCUUCAAGAACACCCACCUGAGGGGAGGAGCAUGGGACAUCCUAUGCUUGUUCCCAGCUUUAUAAAUGGUCUUUUAUGAAACUGGAAGAUUGCACCCACAUCGACCCACUGUUGUGAUCAGCACGCAAAUUGUAAUGCUUUUCAAUAAAGGUCUGCAAAGAUCCCACUGAAAACAAGGAAACAACUUCCAUCUCACUCUUCCCCAGUCGCUGAGGCAUUACAUUCCAAAAUCACCAGUUCUAGAUUUAUGCAGGAUACCUCCUGGAACCAGCAACAAUUUGGGCACCACAUCCUAUGCAGUGAGGUGGGUGAUGGAGAGGAGGGAGAGGCGAGAACAAUGGAGGAACUUGCUAUUAGCAAUCUAGUGGCACUGAAAACACAUUUGCACAGCGUAAGGCUGUAGUGGCCAUUCCUUUUCUUCCCACACUGAGUCGGUGCCAUCUCCUAAGAUUUCGGAAGCAGGCAGGCAUCAGUCUUCCUUUCUCCCCAGGCUGCAAUGUUACCUUGGUCAAUGCACAGACUGGUCCAUCUUGACCGCAGAGCUUGGAAAAGUUAAUUUUUUGAACUACAACUCCCAUCAGCCCAAUCCAGUGGCCAUGCUGGCUGGGGCUGAUGGGAGUUGUAGUUCAAAAAAGUAACUUUUCCAAGGUCUUAUCUUGAGUAACAUGAUGCUUGCAACAUCAGGUGCACAUGGGGAAACUGACCGUGGGAUCAAGGCAGCCUUAGAGCGAGGAAAAUCAGCAUGAUCAGUUCCACCUUCUGUUGGAAGUGAAAGAGGCUAACGACAAUAGAAAGCCCCAAUGCCAUUUUUUAAAAAAGAAAAGCUGUCUCACGAGGUGGGAUGGAAUUUGGAGUGGAGAAACAGUGGAGUUCCUUAACCUGUUUCAUGCCAGCCACUUCUGCUGGUUACUCCCACCUCCCAGCUGCUUCCCACCCACCACCGGUACCACCAGAUGUUUCAGAAGGUGCAUUUGACCUCCAUUUGACCUAUGCUGGGAAAUGUGCAUUCAGGGCAGGGAAGCUGUACUCAAGGAAAUGAUUCCUGAUUCUCUGCUCCAGAUUUUCCUCUCCUGAAGCUACUUUUUUGUUUGUUUCAAAAUGGUGUUGGGCCAUGCUUAGGUAAACCCUUGAAACCUGGUGGCCACUUGGGAACUGAUGCCUUUGUGGAGACUGGGUGGUUGGUUUAUAGAGAGGCUGAAUCCAGCAGAAACUUCCUGUGGACAACCCUAACCUAUGGACAUUUGUGGGGAUUGCGCAAGAACAUUUGUGAGCGGUGCAACUCCUUGGCGUGUUCAUUGUAUGGGAGAAUCGUCUGCAGGACUAUGCUGUUCUUGAGAUCUUUUGGUCCCCUUUCAGCAUUCUCCCAGCCACGUAGGAACUGCUGAUCAGCGAGCAGAAGGCCCAGUCAUGUGCGUGGGCCACUCACAUGGGUAAUCUGUGAAAGCCCCACCAAAUGACUCCUUCCCCCCCCGCCCCCGCAUGUCUGGGUUGCUCAGAUAUAGUUCACAGCUGAACACACAGCUUCUGAUGGGUGGGAAAAUGCUAACAGGGCACCGUUUAAAGAAUUGUAGCUCCUCAGGUACCCUUGGUAAUCACCUCUCUGGGAACUGUACCAUUGCAAUCUCAUCCCCUUCAAUAACGUUUGAUCUCUGUCCUGCUCACGGCUUCACAUCUCAACACAACUUAAUUGUCAUCUUCUUUCUAAAGCUGUAUGGUCGAUUAAAGUGACUGCUACUGGUUUAAGUCAGAA